UAAGAUAAUGGAGAAGAUAACGCAAUAAUUUUCGAAUUCGCAGUGCGUGGUGAAUUCUUUCUAAAAAUAUCGAUUUAUAUCGCACCUUGAUAUCGCCGGUUGUCUUAUCGGGAUUCAUCGUUAAGGAAGGCCCAUUCUCGAGCAAUGUCAGUAACCAUGAAGUCGUCCACGACCGCAGUCAUGCUGAUUAUACUCUGUUUGGCGUUGACGGCUGUCGCCUCAGACUUGGAUAUCCAUCAAGUUUCGCCCAGAUUCCCUAAAAUAAUCGGAGGUACGCCUACAACCAUCGACAGGCAUCCGUAUCAGGUCUCUAUUCAUUAUAAAGGAGAAUUCAUAUGCGGGGGCUCCAUAAUUAGCAACGAAUGGAUUUUGACAGGGGCACAUUGCGUCUACGGCACGAAGCUGCAGUUCCUCAGGCUGCGCGUUGGCAGCACUUAUUACAACCAAAACGGCGUUCUGAUCCCGCAGAUUGCCUCGGUCAUUAUUCACAACAAGUUCGACAAGAAUACCCUCGACUACGACGUGGCUUUAAUUAGAUUGCCUAAACCUUUAUCGUUGGGAGCAAGGAUAAAAAUUAUCAUUCUUGCGCUGUCAGGAUCAAACGUUAAAGCUGGUAGCAAGGCAACUGUUGUAGGAUGGGGCAGGACAUCGCCGAACGGCCCGCCUUCGAAACAACUACAGAGCUUGGUAGUACCGGUCGUUGACCAGGCGACGUGCCAGAAGAUCUUCGCUCCGAAACCGGUGACCGCCAACAUGAUCUGCGCCGGUGAUCUUACCCGUGAUAGGGACACUUGCGAGGGAGAUUCCGGCGGUGCGCUCGUGCACAACAGUGUCCAAAUUGGGAUCGUGUCCUGGGGCGAUAAGUGUACGAGUGGAUAUCCAGGAGUGUAUACGCGAGUAUCCGCCAUACGGCAGUGGAUAACCGAGCAGGCGAACGUGUAGCAGAAUUAAUUUUUCCCCUCUCGUCUGAACGUUUUUCGAGAUAGGGGAGAGAGGCAGCGUACCGUUAAAAAAAUAUUUGUUUCUGUUUAACCGCAUCAAAACUAGACGGUAUUACGAAAAAAAAUACUAUCCGCGAACUGCACAGCGAAGGGAGGGGCCAAAAUUUUGCAGGGGAAUUUUGGCAAUAAUAAUGACGUAAUUCUGAAACAAAAAAGAAACUGAGACCUACGAAAUUUCCAUGAAUUUUCAAUUGUUUCGCGUUUCCCUUUCCGCGAAUAAACGUAGACAUUAUUUCCGUGCGUUUAUUCGCAUUUCGAAAUUUGAACUUGUACAAGCAAAUCGCUUUCAACUCCUAUUUUUAAAUCGGUUAAUUUAUUUUCAGAUAGUUCGCUACGAAUUUGUAGUCCGUAGACGUAUAUGUUUUAAGGUUCGCAAUGAUAAUCGCAAUUUUUUAUUACUAUAAUACUUUGUUGAUUUAUCGUUGGCGCGUAUACGGGGGAGAAAGGUUCGUUGUCAGGAUAUAUUCUAUGCUGCAGCGAAUGUCGCCAGUUAUCACAGGUAGAAAAAUGAAUUAUUAAGAAUAUAUCUUGUAUAUUAAUUAUCAAAUGCUAUUGCUUAAAAAUAAUUUACACCCGAUUUCGCCGCAGUAAUAAAUUGUUUUGCCGCAACAGCGUGAUAUAUC